GAGGCAUUGGCACGCGGCACGUUUGGCCUCCACGCUCGAAGGCAUUGUGGGCUGGCAGGCGGGCUGUUAGUCCUCCUCCCACUGGGCAGACGGCCAUGGCGGGCGUGGGAACACUGUUUCAGAGGGCGAGAUCCUACGUGAAGACGAAGGAGUUCCGAGACUACCUGACCAGCACGCACUUCUGGGGGCCUGUGGCCAACUGGGGCCUGCCGCUGGCUGCCUUUAAUGACAUGAAGAAGCCGCCCGACAUCAUCAGUGGCCGCAUGACAACAGCGCUCUUCUUAUACUCCCUGGCUUUCAUGCGCUUCGCCUACCGAGUGCAGCCUCGAAACUAUCUGCUGAUGACCUGCCACUGCGCCAACGUGGUGGCACAGGGCAUGCAGGGCAGCCGCUACCUGCGCUACCACUACUGGGGCGCUGUGGACCCCAGGGACAGUCCUGUGGCCUCACAGGAAGCAGCCCCGUAGUGCCUGGGGGUGGCGCUGUGCAGCGGGCGAGCUCGGACUGAACUCUAUGCCUCCUGCAGACCCACGGAUGGAAACUUCGGUUUGGACUCUCAGACAGUGCGAACCCGCU